AGAUUUGGCCAAAAAGUUUGCCAUUGCGCGCUUCAUCACAUAACUAGCUCAAUCGGGGCCGGUUACAUCUCACUGACCUUCACGUGAAACAUUGUGCCGGCAGAAGAAGUAUAAGAGAAAUCUGUCGGAUUGUUGAAAUCGUCUAAUAGCUCAAGUGGCAAAAAAUACUCACGAAAAGUAUACGUCGUCAUUUCUUCGAACUGACUUUCAACUAGAAGUCGGUUCCCCUAUUCCUGAUGACAUCAAUUUUUUACCCAUUCUGCUCUGCUUUAGUCAUUUUUCUACUUGCGAUCAGAACACAGGCUUCCCUAUUUGAUCCUUCACAAUCAGAUGUUAGUUUAUUUGACAGAUUAAGACUGGAAACGGAUCUUAGAAAUGGAGCUUCUUUAAUACGAGAGAUUCUUGAAUCGAAAACAAACAACGCUCAAUUACAGGACUUGGAAAGAUUAACAGAGCACUACCGUUCAAAAAGAUGCCGCUGGAAGCUUUGUGGAACAGGUCGGCGUUUCCGGUUCAACUGAUAUUCGCAUCAAUCAAGACAUGAUCUCCUUCAAUAUCUCAAGUUCAACGUUUUAUUUUCUCAGUAUUUCCAUUUUUAUACGCGCAUUUCUUCAUCACCCGUCGUAGUUAUCGUCAUCUCAGCUUGUAUAUCAGAACUGUCUAGAACACAAAUAUAUUGUCCCGUUGGCUACGAUGCACAUACGUCACGAAACACAAACCUUUCUCAUUAACCAAUCUCUCCUGUCACUUUUCGUUUUCACAGUCACUGUCAAAAUUGUCAAUCAUUUCCUGUG